AUGGCCCCCAAACAGGUAGUUGAGUCCGACAAGGGCUUGAAAUCCCCACUUCUAAGCCAAGCCAUUGUUCACAAUGGCACGGUCUACGUCAGUGGGAAUGUAGGUCUGGAUAUUGCUGCCAACAAGAUCGUCGAAGGCAGCACCUAUGACCGUUCGGUGCAAGCUUUGAAAAACAUUGAAGUUGUCCUCCAAGAAGCGGGCAGCAGUUUGUCAAACCUAGUCAAGGUCAACAUCUACAUUACAAGCAUGGAGAACUACGCGGCCGUCAACAAAGCCUACCUGGAACUCAUUCCAGACCCAAAACCCGCACGGACCUGUGUGGCCGUCAAAGAACUGCCUUUCGGCACCGACGUUGAGAUUGAAGCCAUUGCUCAUUUGUGA